AGAAUGAGCCCCCAUGGGCUGCAGACAUGUGGAAAGUAUCAGCAGGCAGAACCCUGAAUGCUCCCCCGGCUCCACCCCUCUGCAGCUCCCACGCUCUCUGCCCCGCCGCAGAGGCAGCUCGCUCUGAAGCACAGCAGCUUCUCCUCUGAGCAGGUAGUUUGGAAAGGAAUCCAGAGAGUUAGCAUGGCCUCUAUCAGAGCUCUGCUGUAUGUGGGAGCGUUUAUGGCCGCAGCUUGGAGCAAAACCACAGGUGGCGGUUCUAUUCCCACAGCCCAGAACGUUCGAUGGGUCUCCAAUGACUUCAAAACGGUUCUGUUGUGGGACAUGGAAGAGUCUGAGUAUACAUGCACCGUCCUGUUCACUGAGGGGACAAAUAACUGGAUAGAAGCUCGCGACUGCAUGGAGAUAUCACACUCUGAAUGUGAAAUGACUGAAUACCUCCUACCGCUGGACAGGGACUAUAAAGCAGAUAUCAGAACCGAAGGUCCAGACGUGAGCUAUGACUACGGCUCAGAAGACUUUCCUCACACCUACAGCAAGACGACGUUCAACCCCUACAGAGAGAGUAAUAUCACUGCUUUGAGCUUUUCUCUCCUGGAUGUUAAUGAGAGUACCGUUUUCCUCAACAUCAGCCAUCCAUUGAGCUUCAGCGGGAGGACCAUCAAAGAUGUUCUUCAAAAUGAUCUCAAGUAUAAAAUCAGUUACUACAAGUCUGGAAGUACAGGAAAGAGGGAGCAGAUUUCCGACUCCAGCAACCCAGUGGUGUCAGGACUGGAUCCCGGACAGAGCUACUGCUUCAUGGUGGCAGCUUUCAUUCCCUCCAGACCCCAAGCCACCCAGCUUGGAGUCUGGAGCACACAGCAGUGCAGGGAAGGACACGUCCUGCAAGAGUUGAGUCUUGGAGCUUGGGUCGGCAUCACCAUCAUCCUAAUAAUAGUCUUCAUCACCUUCAUCACUGUAAUUGCCCUCUGCUGCAGAAAGAAACACAGAAGAAACAGAAAUCUCCAAGCAUAUAAGUCAUCGUCUCCCAUUUAAGCUGCAUGUUGGGAUGUUUUAAGGACAAAUCCAGACGAUUCUCCUAAAGCUGUCAAAAAGAUUAUAGUUAAACACACUAAGAUAUUAAGGGUUGAUACUUAGACAGGAGACUAAACCUCUGGGUGAUUCUGGUUUACAGGAAGAACAGGACUCAGCUGAUAUAGUUGAUACAAGAAUGACCAAUCGCUGUUUUUAUGGUGUGAAAAGCUGUCCUAUGCGCUCAAACGCGAUACUAUUGAUUUUUCAACCCAUACUUUUGUCAUUUUACUGUUUUUUUCAUUUUUAAUAAUUUUUUAUAAUAAAAACCAUCUUUCGCCCACAGUAA